AUGAGACUGUUGUCUCCUCCUGACAGCCAGGAGCCUGAUCAAGAACCGUCAGACGAAGGAGAAGAAGCUAAACAAGACGACGGGCGGCGCAAACACAUGGGGAAGAUAUGGCGCGCGUGUGAGGCGUGGGAGCUGCUGGCGCUCGUCGGUCACUUGGACACCAAAGUGUUCCAAAUGCUGCUGAGGCACAAGUGCGCCCUACGAGUCGGAAGGGGGCUCUUCAGAAACGAAACACUGGAGGACAUCGAGAGAGACGAAGAAGACGACGAAGAAGAGAAGGAGGGUGACAGCAUGGGGGAAUUUACUGAGGAGACAUUCAAGUUCAAGUGCAAACGUGAUCGGGACGGGUUCAUUCUACCACAUCUGGAUUUUGCCUUCCUUGUUGGAGAUCUGGAGAGCUCGGGGCCUUCAUUUGUCGAAAAGUGGGAAUGGGUGUUUCUCGGGAGAUCGAUUGGGUAUGAGCCUAGUGCGGCCUACUUGCAGACCAAAGCUCGCAUCCUUAAAAUGCCGUUCCCGAUCAGGCCUCCGAUCCCGAGAUCGAUCGAGAUUCCAGUCUCGAUCCAGAUGCAACUCCGUAGCAAAGACUAUCAGACAGCUAUGUUCCUAACAGAGCUCCGCGAACUCGUUGACGGCAUGAUACUGCGCUCGCACCAGCUUGAAGCUGACAAUACGGAGGUGGAAUCGCGUCUCGACUGUGCCAGCACGUUCUCCUACCGGAUUAUAGAGCUGAGACUGUACCUGACAGAUUUCAGGCUCACCAGCGAGUGUGGAGAAAGUUUGCUAGCUGUUCCAGGAGCUGGAGUCCCAUUCGCCGUCUUAGAAAUGGGUCUGGGGACAGGCGACAGCGACGAAAUGACACACCGUGAAGCUUUCGCCAAGUUCUUGAACGGGGCGUUGAUAAGACCGCAGGAGCAAGUUUCCUCGAUUUCGACGCUGGAGAUUUCGAUUAAUGGUCAUGGCAGGCGGAGGCGUUUUACUCAGUUCUUGCCGUCUCACAAACUCCGAUAA